AUGGGUACUUCCAUUGUUGCAGAGGCAGUGAACAUGAACUCCCUCUUCUUCUUUGUGCUCCUGGCCUCGGUCCUGAAUGCCGCUGCCGUGGGAGCAGGAGCGCAUGAUGCGGGGGGCCUCAGCCACGAUCACUACGACAAGACCUGCCCGAAGGUGGAGGAGAUAAUCCGCGACGUGGCAUCUCGGAAGGUUCUAGAGGUUCCGAACACCCCCGCCGGCGCUCUUCGCAUCUUCUUCCACGACUGCUUUGUGGAGGGUUGUGAUGCAUCCAUCUUGAUCGCAUCAACGGACAAUAACACAGCGGAGAGGGAUGUGGCAAUAAACCUGUCCCUCUCCGGAGAUGGUUAUGACGUCUUCUUCCGAGCGAAAAGAGCAGUGGAGCUCCAGUGUCCGGGGGUCGUCUCUUGCGCCGAUGUCAUGGCAAUUACAACUAGGGAUCUAGUUAACUUGGCAGGAGGACCAAUGUGGGAAGUACUCAAGGGAAGAAAAGAUGGCUUGACCUCCAAGGCAUCAAGAGUGGGUGGAAACCUCCCUCUGGUGGAGCAAACCCUCCCUGAAAUCAUCUCUCUUUUCCACUCCAAGGGCCUUUCAACCCUAGACAUGGUGGCCUUGUCUGGUGGCCACACCAUCGGCGUCUCGCACUGCGAGGAGUUCAUGUCUAGGAUCUACAACACCAACGGAACUUCCUUCACGGACCCAACCAUGGACCCGAGCUUCGCCCAGAAGCUACGUGCCGAUUGCCCGCAGCAACACCUCGACCCUGACAAAUUUACAUUCAACGAUGUCACGUCGCCGUUUCAGUUCGACAAUGCGUAUUACAGGAAUCUCGGGAAGAGGCUCGGGUUGCUCUCUACUGACCAAGUAUUGACUAGUGACGCCGAGACCAGGGCCUACGUGAAUCUCAUGGCUAGUGACGAGAAGGGGUUCUUUGGGUUCUUUGUGGACGCCAUGAUGAAGAUGAGUAAUAUUGGGGUCAAGACCGGAAGUGAUGGAGAGAUAAGACGUGAGUGUGGAUCCUUCAAUGGUUAA